AUGGGUCACGUAGGCUCAAGCAAAGACGCUAGCAUCGCUGGUCUAGACAUGAACGAUUUACUCAACGACAACAUCGACAUGGAAAUGGACAUUGACCUAGACGAAGAAGAUCCAUCCGAAAUCCUCAACGAGCUAGGCGAUGAUAUGGUGAAGUAUUUCUGCAAGAAAGCUUCGAUGAUGUUCUUCAACGAGUACGGUUUGAUCAGUCACCAGAUCAACUCGUUUAACCAGUUCGUUACCAGUGGACUUCAAAAUACAUUCAAUUCCUUUGGCGAUCUCGCCGUUACUCCUGGUUUUGAUCCUUCUAAGAAAGGCGAUAACGAGCAUUAUCGUUACGCGACGGUUAAGUUUGGUGCUGUGAGUCUCGAUCGACCUAAGUUUUGGUGUGGUGGGGAAAAUAAUUCUCUGGAGUUGAAGAUGCUUCCUAGACAUGCGCGUCUUCAGAGGAUGACUUAUGCUUCCAAAGUGAAAGUGAAUGUUGAAGUUGAGGUAUAUGUUCCGAAGAAAGUUCGGAGUGAUAAAUUCAAGACUGGGAAAGAGGAAUACAUUGAUAAAGAGGUUAUCACGAAAGAGAGCAGGGAAAUAACUAUUGGUAGGCUGCCUGUUAUGGUCAAGUCUGAUUUGUGCUGGAUGAGUGAAGCUGAAAAAGGUGAUUGUGAAUUUGACCAUGGAGGAUAUUUUCUGAUCAAGGGUGCUGAGAAGAUUUUUAUUGCACAGGAGCAAAUAUUUUUGAAAAGGCUCUGGGUGACAACUGCUCCGUAUUGGGCAGUUGCAUACAAGUCACAGAUGAAGAGAAAUAGGAUGGUUGUUAAAUUAGUGGAAAAUUCCAUUGUUGAAGGAAUAAAAAGCGGGGCGAAGCUGCUCACCGCAUAUUUUCUGUCUGUUGAGGUUCCUGUAUGGAUACUGUUUUUUGCUCUUGGGGUCACUUCUGAUAAAGAGGUUGUUGAUCUCAUUGAUUAUGGAUUGGGAGAUGGAAGAAUUGAAAACCUUCUCAUUGCAUCCAUACGUGAGGCGGACGAGAAGUGUGCCGCAUUCCGUAGGGGAAAUAAUGCUCUUCUUUUCCUAGAGGAACAUGUUAAAGGUGUCAAGUUUCCACCAUCAGAAUCUAUUGACCAGUGCCUUGACAUGUAUGUCUUUCCUAACAUUAAAGGAUUGAAAAGGAAGGCGCGGUAUCUUGCAUACAUGGUGAAGGUUCUUUUACUGGCGUAUAAUGGCCGCCGAAAAACUGAUAACAGGGAUGAUUUUCGAAAUAAGAGGCUUGAGUUGGCUGGUGAGCUACUCGAACGUGAGAUUAGAGUGCACUUUGCACAUGCUCGGAAGCGAAUGGCGAAGGCUCUGCAGAGAGACCUCUAUGGAGAUCGAGAUGUUCGUCCAGUUGAGCACUAUCUUGAUGCUUCCAUUAUUACAAAUGGUCUUCAAAGAGCAUUUUCUACUGGAGCAUGGACACAUCCUUUUAAAAGGAUGGAAAGGAUUUCUGGUGUGGUUGCAACUCUUGGCCGAACGAAUCCAUUGCAAACCAUGGCUGAAUUAAGAAGAACAAGGCAACAAGUUCAGUACACAGGAAAGGUUGGGGAUGCUAGAUACCCGCAUCCCUCUCACUGGGGUAAGGUUUGUUUCCUCUCUACCCCAGAUGGUGAAAAUUGUGGACUAGUAAAAAAUUUGUCUGUCACAGGAGUAGUAAGUACCAACGUAACUGAAUCUAUACUUCCUCACCUGUUUGAUUGUGGGAUGGAAGAACUUGUUGAUGAUACUACCACUGUUCUUGGAAAAAAAGACAAAGUCUUCCUAAAUGGGGAAUGGGUUGGAGUUUGUUCGAAUUCCGCAGCAUUUGUGUCAGAGCUACGAAAUCGAAGACGGAAAAAUGAAUUGCCUCAUCAGGUUGAAAUCAAAAGAGAUCAAAUUCAAGAAGAAGUGCGCAUAUUAUCUGAUGCAGGAAGGAUUCUCCGCCCACUCUUGGUUGUUAGUAAUCUGCUCAAGAUUAAAGAAUCUAAGUCGGAGCAUAAAUCUUUCCAGUCCCUGUUGGAUAAUGGCGUGAUUGAGCUGAUUGGUCCUGAAGAAGAAGAGGACUUCAAGACUGCUUGGGGUGUUGAGUAUUUAUUUGGCAAAGAGGGAAAAUCUUCUGUGAAGUACACGCAUUGUGAGCUUGAUAUGUCGUUCUUAUUGGGUCUAAGCUGUUCAAUGGUUCCAUUUGCAAAUCAUGACCAUGCUAGGAGAGUGUUGUACCAAUCCCAGAAACAUUCCUCCCAGGCUAUUGGCUAUUCUACGACAAACCCAAAUAUAAGAGUCGAUGCUCUGUCUCACCAGUUAUUCUAUCCUCAAAGACCACUAUUUCGGACAAUGACAUCUGAUUGUCUUGGAAAACCGGGAUAUCUAGGUCAAAGUAAACUUCUUCCGAAGUCUGAAUUCUAUAAUGGGCAGAAUGCAAUUGUAGCUGUUAAUGUACAUCUAGGAUAUAAUCAAGAAGAUUCCUUGGUGAUGAACCGUGCUUCUUUGCAGCGUGGUAUGUUCAGAUCUGAGCACAUCAGGAGUUAUAAAGCUGAGAUUGAAAAUAAGGAUUCUUCAGAAAAGAGAAAGAAACCUGAAGACAUCGUGAAUUUUGGAAAGAUACAGAGUAAAAUCGGUCGAGUUGAUAGCCUUGAUGAUGAUGGCUUUCCAUUUGUUGGUGCGAAUUUGCAGAGUGGUGAUAUUAUUAUUGGGCGGUGUGCUGAUUCGGGGACAGACCACAGUAUAAAGUUAAAACACACUGAAAGGGGUUAUGUUCAAAAGGUUGUGCUGUCCUCAAAUGAUGAGGGGAAGAAUUUCGCUACUGUUUCGUUAAGACAGGUUCGAAGUCCUGUUCUUGGAGAUAAGUUCUCUAGUAUGCAUGGACAAAAGGGUGUUUUAGGAUUUCUGGAGUCUCAAGAAAAUUUUCCUUUCACAAAACAAGGUAUUGUUCCUGAUAUUGUCAUAAAUCCACAUGCAUUUCCCUCACGUCAAACUCCUGGGCAACUCCUAGAGGCUGCUUUAGGAAAGGGUAUUGCUUGUGUUGGUUCAUUGAGAAAUGCUACCCCUUUCUCCACUCCGUCUGUUGAAGCCAUUACUGACCAGCUUCACAGAGCUGGCUUUUCAAGAUGGGGAAACGAACGAGUAUACAAUGGGAGGACUGGUGAGAUGGUUCAAUCACUAAUAUUUAUGGGCCCAACAUUCUACCAGCGACUACACCACAUGUCUGAGGACAAAGUGAAGUUCAGGAACACCGGCCCAGUUCACCCGCUAACCCGACAGCCAGUUGCGGACAGGAAGCGAUUUGGAGGUAUCAAGUUUGGUGAAAUGGAGCGUGAUUGCCUGAUUGCCCAUGGAGCAUCUUCCAACUUGUAUGAACGACUCUUCACCCUGAGUGAUUCGUCUCAGAUACACAUUUGUAGUAAAUGCAAAAAUGUUGCAAAUGUGAUCUUGCGGCCGGUAUCUGGUGGCCGGAAAAUACGAGGGCCCUAUUGCCGAUUCUGUGAAUCAGCCGAUGACAUUGUGGUGGCCAGUGUUCCUUAUGGAGCAAAGUUACUGUCCCAGGAGCUGUUCAGCAUGGGCAUUAACCUCAAAUUUGACACCGAGCUUUGCUAG